AUGGUUGCUGCUCGAUCUGCCCGUAGUCUUGAGCGACGCAAUUUCGAAGUCGAGGAUUUGUUGAAUUUCGAUCAUGUGUUGCCUUUCAUCGAUGGGGACACGUCAAUUUCUGGCGAAAAGCUCGCGCAGAAAUCUCGAUCGCCAUUUGCUGCACACGUGCACCUCAAGUCGACUUUGCCGACCCUACUACUUGAAGAGCAUGAGGACAUUUUAGAAAGUGUCAGCUGCUAUGACUCGUUGAUUGAGUUGGAAUUCUAUGAUGCUGCGACGCUUUCCACUGCUUGGGCAGGAAUGCAAAAGCGUAGUGAGAUGCUGGUCAUCACCUCUCAUGCUGGCUGCAACGCCAAAGGAGAGCGUGAGCCUUUUUUAAUUACCAAAGUUGACAAGAAAUCACGAUCACUUGUUCUUACCGUCACACCGAGUACAUUCAAAAAGUCAUUCCACUCGAUCGACGUUUCCUUUGGAGCCCAGGGCGAAAGCGCUCCCAAGCGACAUGAUCAGGAGCUUAAAAAGAGGCAAGCGCCUGCCGGCAGCUCAUCUACAACAGCCCCUUCAGUAGCAGGGAUAAGUUCUUUGCCGACAGCAACAAAGGCUAGUGCUACAUUUUCCACAGCUUUGGCUGGAGCAACAAUCCUUCCACCGAGCUUCCCAGGAUCUGACUCCAUUGUACCCGGGCUGCCUGCUGGCUUGACCGUCGUAUGUAAGGACUGCUCCUUGCAAGGUAGCAUCGACCUUUCCGACGGUGUCAUCAGCACAGGCGGCAAUAGGAAUAGUAUCAAUAGCUCCGGUGACGCCUACGAAUCAGAUAUCAACGAAAUAGUCAACUUUCUCGACGCCGGCUACUUCGAUCUUACCGUCAACAAUUUCGCCGCGCAUGUCGAGCUCGAGACCACCGCUCAGCCUUCCGGCUCAUUGAUUACCCAUACGGUACCUUUUCCUGACGUUGGCAUCCCCGGCUGGGUCAUCCCAAAGAUCGCUGAAGUGGGACCAGUGCUUCGUCCGCAACUCGUCUUCGGGAUCGCCCUCUCCACGACCCUGACAUUCACCUACGGUUUCGACAUCUCCAUUCCCUCCCCCAUAAAUGUCCACCUCUCCCUUGCCGACCCAACCACCCUCUCCACCGCAUCCAGCUUCCAAUCCACAAAACUCACUCCCCUCCCCUUCCAAUCCCAACACUCUCCUUUCAACCUCACCAUCUCCGUCGCUUUCCAGCCCGAACUGCUCCUCACAGUUGCUUUACUCAGCGAAGGCUCCUCCGUCGCCGCCGGCGCUUUCUUCGAUAUUCCAAGACUCUCUGCCACCAUCUCCGAACUCGAUCAAUGCCCUGCUCCGGCGUCGUCUUCGUCUCCGCCUUUUCCUACCACCAGCAGCAGUAGCAACAGUGGUAAAGGACAUUACCUCAAUAUCCAGCCAGAAAUCGAACUCGAUACUGGCGUCCUCGUGAACGCAAAUCUUGCGCUUCCGAAUAAGAAAUUCAGCAUCAAUGAAGCUGUUACCAAGACAUUAGCGUCAACGGCUUUCCCACUGCCGACCACGUGUUUGAGCUUUGAUGGGGGCGCGAAGUCGUAUAAGGCCGUGGAGACUGGUGCGAGCACCGGCACGGGGACAGGAAGCACAAAGGCGACGGGGACAGCGGCUGUAAGUGGUAAUGGAGCGAGCUCCGCGACGAGUGUUAUGAUAGCGUAUACGGGUGGAUCUCCGGGAGCGACAGGGAAACUGAAGGAGUUCCUUAGACCUAGUAUACCCGCAUACGGUAUCCUGUCACACAGAUGGGAAGAGGGUGAGAUAACCUUCAAAGAUGUAUCGAAGUCGCGAAAUCUUGAUGCACCAGGUUGGGAGAAGCUACACUACGCCUGUAAAUUUGCAAAGGAGAGAUUCCGUCGGGAGUGGUUAUGGAUGGAUACUUGCUGUAUCGAUAAGAAGAGCAGCGCUGAACUGUCCGAGGCUGUCAACUCUAUGUACAUGUGGUAUGCUCAAGCAGAAGAGUGCUAUGCAUAUCUCAACGAUGUUCCAUUUCAUGACCGUGUUCAAGCUCCUGAAUCUGCCUUUCGGAAAAGUGCUUGGUUCACGAGGGCGUGGACGCUUCAGGAGCUUUUGGCCCCUUCAAAAGUUUACUUCAUUGCUCAGGACUGGGGUGCGAUUCUUGGUAUGAAAGUUGAAAUGAGCGACUAUCUAUUUGAAAUCACUGGAAUUGAUCGUGAGUGUCUAGCAGGCUCAAUCCUACCAGCUCGCUACUCCAUAGCUCAAAGAAUGUCUUGGGCCUCAAGGCGGCAAUGCACCCGCGAAGAAGAUACGGCAUACUCCAUUAUAGGCCUAUUCGGCGUAGCUAUGCCCCUGAUAUACGGAGAAGGUGAAGCCAAGGCAUUCCGGAGACUGCAGCUUGAGCUCAUAAACACUUCCAAUGAUGAGACUGUCUUUGCCUGGCCCGCAGGUUUCAGUAAUCAAAGUGCAGGAGGACAACUUCUUGCAAGAAGGCCACUCGAUUUCGCCGGAUGUGCCAAUCUACGGACAACGUCGCUACUGCGGCCUCCUUAUCAAAUGACAAACAAAGCCCUUCAAAUCUACGUCAAAAGCAGCGAAGUUCACAAUGAACGCCGCGACAGGAAUGGAUUGGUUUAUAUUGUAAUCGCUCUCAAUUGCCAUGCCGAAAUGGCCGAUGGCGGUCUCAAACCAAUGGCUCGCCUCUUGUACAGAAUUUAUGAUAUUUCAAGCACCUCAAGCAUCUCAAACGCAUACAACGUCUUUAAGUGUGCCGCAUCCUUUAGUGAAGAAAACUUAAUAUCCAAAUUUGGCAUGGAGGCAAUGAAUCCAUACGACAUCCCCGUCGAGAUGAUCUCUAUUGUUGACAUAUAUUGA